UAACACAACUUAUUUUGUAGUUAUAGAUGCUUUAGAUGAAUGUAUUGAGCAUGGUAAUCGAAAUAUUUUUAAUCUACUCUGGAAACGUUUGCCUUUUUUCCCGAAAAACGUUAAGUUUUUUAUUACCUCAGAAAUACCUCUGAUAUAACUAUUGUCCGAACCCGACUAGUUGUGAUUGAAAAAAAUCCUUUUGAUCCCAAUAACAUGAAGGAUGCCCAGAAAAUCAUAAAUAGCAAAGAGUUGUCUCCUGAUCAGAAAAAACGCAUUGCAGAGUUGUUUAAUACUCGCGAUAUAGAAACAGCACUAUCAACAGCUGUGAAAUAUACGAAAGGGAAUAUAUUACUUUUAACAAACGCUUUGACGGAAUGGUUAGAACACGAUGUUCCUAUUUUAGACAGUUAUACAACAUUUGAAGAUUUAUUUGAUGACCAAUUAAAGAGAAUAUUUCACGAUCAACAUAUUCUUAAAACUGUUACAAAGAUAUUUCAAGUUUUAUGCACUACAAUGGAAUCAUUAUUUGUCGAAGAGCUUUUAGAGAUUGCAGAUCUUAAAAGUGAAGAAAUAGCGGAUGUUUUGUCAAUUAUAGGCAAGAAACUUAAUCAUUUUAUUAGCCAAGUUAAUAGCAAAAUAUCUCUUAUUCACAAAACAUUGGCAGCGUAUCUAACAGACGAUAGCAAAAAGACUAAUCAGUUUUAUAUAUCCAAGAAAGAAGGAUGUUUUUUGUUUGCAAAAUACUUGCUGAAAUCUGUAAGUGUGUAUAAGACAUUUACAAACAUAAACUUAGUUGACCUUGCAGCUUACGCAGCAUGUUCCAAGGACAAGAAACUGCAAAAAACGUUUUUACAAUAUGGUAAAAAGCUUAUCAACGAAUUUUCAGGAGCAUACAUAAUUCAUCAAGCAGCAGCUAAAAUAAAUUCAUAUGAUGCAAUGUCACUCCUCUUGGACUUGUUUUCAUGUCGACCAAUAGAUGAAACAGACCAAGGAAAUGUAACCGCUUCGUACGCUGCCGCUGCCUUUGGAAAUCAUAAGGCUUUAGAAGCACUUCUUGACCGCAAUGCAAAUGUUAAUUUUACUCGGUUAGGUUUAAGAUUUAUCAAUGAAACUGUCGAAAUGUUGAAAUUUUGCAAAACCUUUGCAUUCUGGGAAUACAGUUUAUUGAAUAUUGCAGCUCAGAAUGGUCAUAUUGAAACCGUGCUGACUCUUCUACAGCACAACGUUAACAUAUCUCACCAAACGUCAUUUGGUUCGAAUUCAUUUCUUUUGGCAGUUGAAAAUGGUCAUACACGAUUAGUACAGGAAAUGUUUUUAAGGUUCAAGUCUGAUUGGCUCCCCAGCUUAAAUCAGGCUCUUUAUUUAUCUGCCAAAAAUGGAUAUCUUGAUAUUGUUGACCUACUUUUGUAUCAUGGCACAAAAGAUAUAUGUCUUUCUUGUAACUCUUCACAAUAUUGGACACAAUUGUAUCAAACUAGACUACAAGCUAUUAAUUCAAGAAAGAAUUUAAAGUUGUUUAAUUACAUAUUUUUGGAUGAUCGUCGCUUUUUAAGAUGUGAACCGGCUUUAGAAAUCGCAAUACAAAACGGCCACACAGAAGUCGUUAAGCGACUGUUAAAGAGUAGCAAUGAUGCAUUGAGGUGUCGAGAAUCUGGUGGUAGAACACCUGUUUUUACAGCGCUUAAAUUCAAAAGGUUAGAAAUAUUCAAUAUUUUAAUGCAGGAGGGUAUAAGUAAAUUCGAUAGAUGUCUGUACCGUAAGAAAAGAGAACAAAAGUUAGAUUUAAGUCAAAAGGAAAGAAAGAGUAUAUAG